GACACCACAAGUAAUAAUUUGCCCAUAUUCUUCACUUGAAUCAUUAUAAAUUAAAGUAAUUUGGCUCCAUGAAAUAAUAUGUAUAUAUAUAUUCAAUCAUGGAGCAUGGAUUAAGGGGGGUUUGGUUCCCGCAGAUCUGAGCACAACUAUAAAACCAACGCUCAACACAUUCUGCCUUUCUCCCAUUUGUUCUCCACAAAGAGAGAAUGCUUGGCUGCUUCUCGAGGUCAAGACGCCCUUCCCCAACUCUACCUCCGUUAACCAAACCCUCCCCUCAUGCUACCGCCGGCCACCCCUCCUCCGCCGUUUUCAGAUCCUUCAACUCCCUCUUCGAACCCCUCUCCUCCGAAUCCGACUCCCACACUCCAUCCUCCUCCCAAACCCUAUCCCUAACCUCCUCCUCCGCCGCCGAUUCCGACCCGAUCUCCUCCGCCAUCGCUUCACGCCGCCUCUUCCCCGCCUCCCCUGGUCCAUCCAAUUCCAUCCUCGACUCCCCUGCCGCCACCAUCAGCCUCGGAUCGGCCGGCGUCGCUGUUCCAACCUACACACCAGACCCCUAUUCCGAUUUCCGGCGGUCCAUGGAGGAGAUGGCCGCUGCGAUCGGCGUUUCCGGCUGUGGAACUCAGCUCGACCUCGCCGUCCUCCGCGAACUCCUAUUCUGCUACCUCAAGCUCAAUCGGAAGCAAGCGCAUAAGUAUAUUGUUAGCGCCUUCGCCGAUCUUCUCGUUUCACUCUCCGACGAUGAGAAGGGUUUCGGCCAUGAAUGACGAGAGAGCUCUGUGCUCUGUUCUGUUCUCGGAGCCUUCGGUUCUGUCUGCUUUUGCUUUUACGGGUGCGUUUGUAAUGGCUGUACUGUACUGAACCUCUGAACUAUACGUACAUAACUCCUUUUUAAAAAAUAAAUA